GCCAGCUUCAGCGGUCUUCGUUAUGAGAACAUUACGACGUCGAAGGUCCGUGCCCGUAACCAUUUGUUGGCUCAAGCCUUUUCAGCUUCUGCUGUGCAGCUGGGCGGCUUAUCACAACCCGCAGUCCGUUCCUACCGCGCGCCGCGCCGUCAAUCGCCACCGUUCCGUGCUCUCUCCCGCGAUGGCAGAGAAGCGCGUGGACCCUGAGGACGGCAUUGCGUACACUUGGGACGAGCUGAGUCAGUUCUACAAGGGGAAGUAUAAGAAGAAGGAGGUCGAGGCCUACUGGGAGACCUGCAAGCCCGCAAUGAGGGCGAAGAAGGCCAAGGCCAAGGCCGAGGCCGAGCCGAAGGCCAAGACCAAGGCGAAGGCGAAGGCCAAGGCCUCUGCGAAGGAGGCCGAGCCAAAGGCCAAAGCCAAGGCAAAGGUGAAGGCCAAGGCCACGGCGGAGCCGAAGUACAAGGUCAAGGCCAAGCCCAAGGAGAGCAAGCCCCCUGCGAGCUUCAAGGUCUGCGUCUGCGGCGGCUGCGGAGGGAUUGGGCAGCCACUGGCAAUGCUGAUGGCGAUGGACAGGAACGUGGGGGAGCUCUGUAUCUACGACCUGAACAUCUCCCCGAUGCCGCCAGCCGGCGUGGCGCAGGAUCUGGUGCACUUGGAGAGGAAGUGCACCGUGAAGGGAUACAUCGGGGAAGUCGGCCAGCCCCCAGUCAAGUUCAUGGAGGAGGCCCUCACCGGGUGCAAUCUGGUGCUCAUCCCUGCAGGCUUGCCGCGCAAGCCGGGGCAGACCCGCGACGACCUCUUCAAGGUGAACGCGGACAUCGCGAAGGGCAUUGUGGAGGCCUGCGCCAAGUACUGCCCCGAAGCCGUCUUGGCGAUGAUUGUCAACCCCGUCAACUCCAUCGUGCCCGCCAUGGCGGAGCUCUACAAGAAGAAGGGCCUGGACCCCAUGAAGAUCAUUGGCGUCACGACGCUGGACGUCGUGCGCGCCAACAAGUUUGUGGGCGAGGAGACAGGCAAGAACCCGAACUUCAUCAGCGUGCCGGUCAUCGGUGGCCACGCUGGCACGACCAUCCUGCCUUUGUUUUCGCAGGAUAAGGCGGGGAAGUUGCUGCCAGCCGAGAAGGUGCCAGACAUGGACAAGCACGUGCAGGACGCCGGUACCGACGUCGUGAACGCGAAGAACGGGAAGGGCAGCGCCACGCUCUCCAUGGCGUACGCGGGGGCCCGGUUCGGCUCCGCGAUCCUCUCGGGCCUCUCCGGGAGGAAGCGUACGGAGUGCGCUUAUUGUGCCUCCACCGUCACGGACAUCCCCUACUUCGCUCAGAAGGUGGUGCUCGGCCCCAAGGGCAUCGAGAAGGUGCUUCCGCUCGGGGAGCUCAACGAGCACGAGACGAAGCGCCUGGCAGAGGUGAAAGAGCAGCUGAAGGGCGAGGUCGAGACCGGGCUGAAAUACGCCGAGGCAAACUCCCUGGAGUGAGCCUCGCGUGGCGUGAGCCCCGGGCGGGAUCAGCCCCUCCCGCACGCGCGCGGCCGGACGUGCCAAGGCACAGCGGCGCGCGUGCUCCGUCGCCUCCUUGUAGGCGUACACUGACGACAAGGGUGCAGCCCAGAAUCCCGGCUCUGCCGCGCGCCCCGCGCGUGAGCGGCAGUCAGGCCUCGUGCGCAGCCUGCGACCGCGAGGCCGCGACGCCGCGCGCCCGCGCGCGCCCGAGGGCCCGUGCGGGCGGCAGGUGCUCCGGCAGGAGGGAGGUGGAGUCCAGUAAUUGGGUAUGCCCUUUUUCGCAUUUUUGUUUCAAUAUUGGCAGUGUUGGCGACACGUGCUGCGCAUGCUGUGCGUAUACCAUUGCUUCUCGCCGUCGCAUUUAAAUGCAACUACGCACGCCAUUGGCGGGCGACGCAAGGAUCAAUCAUUGGAAGAUGAGGGUGAAUCGAGGUGAAGAAACACAGAGCGAGAA